AUGUUUGCUCCUUCAUCGGUAUAUGCCUAUUCUUCACAUUCACAAAAUGACGAAGAUGUUGCGGAAAAUGGGUUGAAUAAUUUGGAUGGGCAAACUGAGGGACAAUGUAUGGUUUGUGGUGAUAGAUCGGCUGGAAAACAUUAUGGAGUUAUGGCAUGUUAUGGAUGUAAAGGAUUUUUUCGCAGAACAAUUCGAUCGAAUCAAAAUUAUUCGUGUCGAUUUCAACAGAAAUGUUCGAUUGAUAAAGAUCAAAGAAAUGCGUGUAGAUAUUGUCGAUUUCAGCGAUGCUUGAAUGUUGGAAUGGAACCAGAUGGUAAGGAUCUGUUUUGAAUUUUUCGGAAAAUAAAAAGGUUUAGAGGUGGAGUUUAGAAUGAGUCACCUAGGCAGUUUUGGGGGAUUUUUGUUUUUUCAUAAGAUUUUCCGAGAAGGUCUGGGUGAAUUGUGGAACAGGCCCCACCUCAAGUUGGGUCCUCAAUCCAACCAUAAGAUAUCUUAAUUAAAACCUGCGCCUAAUUUCUGGACUUACACGAACUCUGAAAAUUUGUAGGCAUUUUUGGACCUUUUUUUCUAGAAACCAGCAUAUUUAUGAGAACUCUCAAUUUUUCCGAACUGAACCAAAACACAAAUCAACCACAACCCCAAAUAUUCUAUCUAUAUAUCCUAUAAUUUAAAAUUUAUAGCAAUUCGCCCUGAUCGUGACGUCAUUGGAAAACAAAAGAACCCCCGAAAAAAGAAGAUAAAAAGUGAAGAUUCUUCAUUGCCAUCACCUGGAUGUGAAUCGCCAGUUUCGAACAACGAAGAUGUUAUUAUGACGUUUUUGUUAGAAGUUGAAGAACAAGCGUCGUGUGGAAGUCAUUCGGAUAUUCCAAUUGGAAUUGCGAUGAAACCCGAUCCUGAUCUUGAUGCAUCCACACUUUUUCACAGUCAAUUUACAAGAAAUCAAGAAUCCUUUCCAGUAAGAUCGCUUGAAUUAGCAUCUCAACAAAUCUAUUAAAAAAAAAUAUUUCAGAUUCAUUACGGUGUUGGUCGUUCGGCAUCUGUUGAAAAAUUAAUAAUCGCCCUUCGCCGAUAUGUUUUAUCCGCAGUUCAUUGGAUCGACGCACUUUUCGGAAUGAUUCAUCUCAACGACAGUGUUCCCGAAAAAGUCGCACUUCUCAAAUCAAUCAUCGGACCAUUCACAGUGUUUCAUAUUGCUGCGAGAACAGCUCAAUUCUCAGACACUGAUAUUAUUUGCCUAUGCAACAAAAGUACAGUAUCCCGACAGCCAGCAAGACAUCUUCUUGACACAAAGUACGGUUUUUGAUGAAUUAAUUUUAAUUUGCAAAAAAAAACAUUUUCUAGCUUGGUUGGCAAUAAUUUUGUUGGUCGAGUCAUUGAUGAUCUUGUACUUCCUACAAAGAAAUUGAAUUUGACAACUCAUGAAAUCACAAUUCUAACAGCAUUAAUUGUUUUGGAUCCAGAUGCACGGGGUGUGUCUUUGGAUACAUCAAUGGCACUUUCUGGUCUUCGAGAUAGAGUUCAAAAUGCAUUAUUCAACGUGAGUUUUUUCAUCUGAAAAUAAUCUAAUGUAAAAUAUAUUUUAUGGUUUCAGUUAAUCCGCGAUACUUCAUCAAAUAUGCAAACAGUGACAAGCAGAUUUGGCAAUCUCUUAUUAUUAUUCCCUCCUUUGGCAAAACUCAGUUCCUUGAUUGGUGAAAAUGUUCAACUGGCAAAAAUGUUUGGCAUUCAAAUCGAUCCACUUCUCGUUGAACUUUAUGCUGAAAUCGAUUCGCCGGAAGUUAUCUCGAAUACCCGGGAGAAGAGUGAUGUUUCAACUCAAACUUCAUGCGAUUCGGAUGAUUCGAAUGCAACUUCUAGUUCGGGAGUUGUUAAUGAAUGUGAUAGGAUUGAAGAACAAUUGAGAAUGAUGCAAGAGAAUAUGGUCGUGAGGGGUGAUAUUUCGGGAUUAUUACCAAAUUUUGAUGGUUAGUUGGGUCAAAAUUUUGAAUGUAGCUAGAAUUUUUUGAGUCAAGAGUCUCGACAAAGCUUAGCGAAAAAUUGAAAUAUUUUUGAUCUACCAGAAAAAAAUUGGAUCAAUUUUUUUAGGUUCAAUGCUGCCACCAUCAGUAAAUCCAUCAACAUCAUCCUCCUCAGCAACAGUUUCAAAUCCCUCAUUCAAUCCCUUCUACUUUCCAAACAUUCCAAAUCUCUCAACACCCAACAAUUCAUCAUCAUCCUCCUCAACAAUCGAUUUUCAACCUCAUUCCGCUCCACCAACCGCCGCCUAUCAUCCACACCAAACAUUUUUCGAUAGCGCACCAUCGACCGGAAUGAUUCACAAUCAACCAUUUCGGUUUGUUUGACCGCGCCACCCAAAUUCCUUGUCGCAUAAUUUCUACUAGUUUCUUCUUGUAAAAUUCAAAUCUAUGUAUCGAAUGUGUGUUUUUUUUCUGUGUGUUCCCCCCAAUUCAAAAUUUUUUCAACAAAAAAAUCCCCGAUAUUCAGGAAUUUUUGUAGGAAUCGAUUCGACUAUCCCUGUCCCCCUCCCUAUUUUUUUGCCACAAAGUCCUAGAUUUAUUGUUUUAUUAUUGCCACGUGUCGUUGUUUUUUGGUUCAUUUUGUUCCCCUCGAAAAUGUAACCUAUUUAGUUUUUUAUCAGUGUAUAUAUUUUAUUUUUAAGUCCAAAGAGAAGAGUUUUCGGCAUUUUUUGUGUGUUUUUUUUCAAUUUUUUUUUGGUUAGAUGAUUCGUUCAACAAAAAUCCGAGUGAGAUAAAUAUAUAAGUACCCGCCCCUCCCUUAUUUUCAAAUGUACAAUGAUUAUUAUUAAAAAUAAAAUGAAUAAAUAAAUAUUUUUGAAAAUUAAACGUGACACAAUUCUAAAUAUCAAAGCUGAUUUUCCCCCAGAAUCCCCAUUUUUAACAACUGUUUAAAUUCAAACCGGUGAGUUUUAAAAGAAAUUCAGUCUAGAAUUUUGCAAAUGUAAAAAAAACGAAUGUUUUCAGAAUGUUUUCAUAUUUUUUAUUAUUUCAUUUUAUUUUUUGCAUCAGCUCUCAGGAUAUCGAAAUUUACGGAAUCGAUGAUAGUCGCAGGUAAUCAGGGUUACUGUAAUUCAAAAAUUUGUGGAACAUUUUUUGGUGAGACUGAAAAAUUUAGGGUACCUAAAGUUAGGCCAAAAGGAAACUACAGUAAUCUGGAAACUUUCAAAGUCUGAUUUUAGGAAAAAUUUCAAGAUUUUUAUUUUUUAUCCAAAAUUACAGUAAUCCUCAAAAUAUUGAAUUUCAAUAUCAACAUUUUCAGAAAAGAAAUUUUCCAUAGCGCAUCAAAAGUGGAUGUUUUUGGAGAAGAUGUUUCGAUGAUCGAAAAAGCCUUUCUCUCAUCAUCUCCAGCGUGUACUUCUCAAGAUAUCAUUCUUCAAAAAGUGGAUUCCGAUAAUAGCACUCAAAUUUUCAAUACACUUCCGCAUGUGGCAACAUUUCAACUUGACACAGAAAAAUCCAAAAAAAUCGAUCAAACAACAACAGAAAUCUUCUUCUUCUGCACAAAUCCGGCGAGUUUUGAGUUCAAUUCGGUGAUUGCGAUUGAAAGUGAAUCAAGUGAGACGGGAAAAGGAAUUUGUGAGAAAUUUCGAAAAGAUUUUCAGAUCAUCCAUGGCUUCCAAUAUUGAUUGCUGUUUUCGUUGCUCUCUUGAUCAUGUCAGCGUUGUUUUCAGGAUUGAAUUUGGCGAUCAUGUCAUUUAGUAUACAAGAUCUAGUGGUAAGUUUUGCCAGGAAAAUUGGGAGUUUUUUUUAAAGAAAUUUUCGAUUUCAUGAAUUGCAAAACGCGGAGCCUCGUUGUUUUCUUUUAUUUCUUUAAAAAUUUUUUCCGGGAAGAUGACUAUUUGUAUAAAAAUACUAUUUUCAGCUGAUUGAAGAAUAUGAUACAUCAAUAGUGAAUCGAAAAAGAGCCACAGAUGUUCUUCUUGUUCGCCGACACACCAACUUCGUAUUAUGCUCAAUAAUCACUGGAAAUGUUUUAUGUAACACACUUAUUACACUUCUUCUCGAUUAUUUUGCUGAAGCUGCAAAUUUCAAAGAUUCGAUUGUUGUUGAAGUGACAUCGACUGCUUUUCAAUUGAUAUUCACAGAAAUUCUUCCAGCAUUGGUUUGCACAAAGUGGGUUGGCUUUGGCCAAGUUCAUUCCAUUUUUCUUUUUUUUUUCAGAAAAGCAUUAUACGUUGCGAGCAAACUGCAUUAUCUCGUCAUAUUUUUCAUGGUCUUCACAUUUCCUUUAACUUGGCCGAUAUCGAAACUAUUAGAUAUAAUGGUUGGAAAAGAUGAUAGUGAUUCGAAAAAUGUGGAUGCUGAUGUUUUGAUGGGAUUGCAAGGAGAGGAAAAUUAUGCGAGUAAAGAUUUUAAUGAAGUUGUCACACUUGUUCGAAACACUUUGAAAUUGAGAAGAAAAAAGGCGUCGGAUAUUAUGACACCAAUUGAGAAGGUAUUUAUGAUAAGUGAUCGACAAGUUAUAACGAGACGAUUUUUGAAUGCGAUUGUUUCGAAAGGACAUACGAGAUUGCCAGUUUGUGCUGCUGAUGAUGCGAAUACGGUAAGUGGGAUUUUGUUUUUGAUCUACAAGAAAGUUUCGAAAAUUUCCGGAAAAGUAAAUAUUUUUCAGAUUCGUGGUGUUUUGAAUGUGAAAGAUCUAGUUUUGAUGUUAGCUGAUGAUGUUUCGGCAACAAAAUUAACAGCUGGAACACUUUUGAGUGUAUUGUCGAAAAGCAUGAUUGUAAGAAUAUUUUCUUGCAAACAAAAGUAAUCCACUUCCUUUUUUCCAGUAUCGUUUUGUUUUGAGUACAAUGCCUGUCCCAAAUUUGAUGGUUGAAUUAGAAUCGGGUUGUCCAAUGGCAAUUGUUGUUGAAUAUCCCCCGAAACCUCCACUUGUCUCACAAAACUCUCCAUGCAAAAAUGGCUCGGCUGGUGCCAUCAAUUUACCAUAUCGUGUUGUUGGAAUCGUAACUUUGGAGGAUAAUAUUGAGGAAGUUGUUGGCGAGAUUCUUGAUGAAAAGGAUAUUCAAAUGCCCACUUCGCAUUCGCAUGAGAUCUCGAAACCUGAGACAACUUAUCAUAACAAAAGUGAGGUUUCCAGGUCAAAGCUUAGUGUUCUUAGUAAAUGUCAUCCGAAUAAAUGA